ACGACGCUGAUGGCAAUGAUGAUAACAUAGACAGAUAUUUCAGUUUUCCAUCCACAUUCCAAACGGAAUUCCAUCCAAAUAACUAUUUUCAUUAUCAUUCGAUUAAUUCUUUAAAGAAUAACAAAAGAAUAGCCGUUUGCCAUAAUCAUAAUCAACAUUUUUAUCAUCAUCAUCAUCAUUAUUUUAAUUCUGAUUGGACGAACCAAAAACCAUGGACCAUAAUAAUCAUUAUCAUUACCAUUAUAUUUGUAUCCAUUAUCAUUGGAUCAACCGAAGCAAUACAAAGUAUAACCGAAGUAUCAACAGUAUCCGGUAGUUCAGUUGACAUUCCUUGUAAUACUACAUGGAUCGAAGAUGAAGUAUCAUUAGUAUUAUGGUUUCGUGGCGAUACCGGCGUGCCAAUAUAUCGUGUUGAUGCUCGUAAUGUGCCUUUAUCGAAAGCCAUCCAUACCAUAUCGGAUGAAUCUCGUAAACGCCUUUAUUUCGACAUGAAACAACAGCCACCAGUAUUACGAAUAAAACCGGUAAUGGCAUCGGAUGCUGCUGAAUAUCGUUGUCGUGUUGAUUUUCGUCAAUCACGUACACAAAAUGUUAUUGUACUGCUUAAUGUUACAGUGCCUCCAAAAGAAUUACUAAUUAUGGAUGUUGAAGGACAAAAACUGGAAGGAGUAAUCGGGCCAUAUGAUGAAGGUUCGAAUGUGAUUCUAAUUUGUGAAGCCGAAGGAGGAAAACCUUCACCAUCUGUAAAUUGGUAUCAGGCAAAUCGUCUCAUUGAUUCAACGUAUACAAUUGGUCCACAUGGCCUAGUACGAAAUGAAUUAAAUAUACGAAAUUUAAAUCGAUCCGAUUUUAUGUCGAUUUUGACUUGUCGUGCUUCGAAUAAUAACGUUACUGAACCAAUCAGCGCAACUGUUAUACUUGACAUGAAUCUUCGUCCUAUUGACGUGAAAAUAUUGCCUAAAUCUUAUUUGAAAUCAAAAUUAUCAUCAUCAUCAUCGCAUACUGGUUCAAUAACAUCAUCAACAAUAAUGAUUGAUCCAAGACUUUCAUUUAUACUUCCGGCCGGUUCGAAAGCCGAAUUUCAAUGUCAAAGUACCGGAUCUAGACCAGCCGCACAGAUAUCAUGGUGGUUAGGCAAUGAACGUCUUAGUUCAAAUGUUCGUGAUAGCGUCAAUGAAGAUGGUAAUGCAACCGUAUCAACUAUUGUAUUCGUACCAAGUGUCGAUGAUAAUGGAAAAUUAUUGACAUGUCGGGCUGACAAUCUGCCUAUGCCACAUACGGCAUUAAAAGAUGAACGAUUACUUAAUGUUCAAUUUGCACCACAAUUACGAAUCAGUUUUGGAACAAAUAUUCAAACCGAUUCAAUACGUGAAGGAAGUGAUGUAUAUAUGGAAUGUCGUGUAAAAGCUAAUCCUCCUGUCAAAGAAGUUGUUUGGUUACAUGAAGAUCGUCCAAUUCAUUCGUUAAUGUCUGGUGAUCCUAAUAUGAUGCCGGAUGAUUCAACAUUACCAUCAUUAUCAUCAACAUCCGCGUCAUUAGGAUCGACUGUAAUUAUGACUAAUCAAUCGCUAGUGAUACAAAAAGUCCAUCGAUCACAUCGUGGACGUUAUCAAUGUGUUGCAUUCAAUGAACAAGGUGAAACCAUUUCCGAUCCAUUAUAUCUCAAAGUUAACUUCGCACCAAGUUGUAAACCGGGACAAAAAUUACAAUAUGGCGUUUCACGUAAUGAACAGAUACGAAUACGAUGUGAAGUCGAUGCUGAACCAUCAAACGAUCUGACAUUUCGUUGGACAUUAAAUACAUCGGGCAAUGGUGAAACAUCCGUUGAAUGGGCUUCAUUCACUGUCAAUGCAACAACAUCGAUUGCUACUUAUAGACCAGAAAGUUCACUCGAUUAUGGUACAUUGUCAUGUUUGGCACAGAACAGUAUUGGAAUACAGAAUAAGCCAUGUAUUUAUAGUGUUGUACCCGCCGGUCGUCCGGAUGCUGUUCGUGGUUGUGCUAUAACAAAUCAUUCCAUGAGUACAUUACUAGUCGAAUGUAUACCGGGUGAUGAUGGUGGCCUAAAACAACAUUUUAAUCUAGAAGUUUAUAUUGGAUCAUCAUCAUCAUCAUCUAACAUUGGUAAUAGUAUCAAUACUAUCAAUGCUAAUAAUCAAAUUGUGGAUCAAACAUUAGCUGUACAAUCGGCUAGUAUUGCAACAACAACAGCCACCAAAACCAAUUCGAUUAAUAGUAAUUCAUUAUUACAACAUCCACAACGAUUACAUUCAAAUCAUAGUUCAUCGCAACCAAAUUUUAUUGUUAGUUCGUUAACACCGGGUACACCCUAUACGUUGGUAUUAUAUGCAACUAAUGCUAAAGGACGUUCACAUUCGGUUUCAUUGUCGGCGGUCACGUUAUCUGCACCCGAAAAACAUACUGCCCGUGGGAGCUUUGAACAGAUCGUUGUUCAUCCAAUUUUAGGCAUUCUAAUCGGAAUCGUUGCAACAAUUGUCAUAGCUGUGAUUAUAUUAAUAAUACUUAUACGUAGCCGUAUUGGCAGUAAUAAUAAUAAUUCGGAUGGAUCGCGUGAUACCGGUAUCAAUAACUGCCGUGAUAAUAAUGGCCAUAAUAAUAAUCAUAACGAUAAUAAUCAUCGUAAACGACGAAAUAAACAACAACAACAACAACAGUCAUCAUUACAAUCAACAACAACAACAACAGCCUGUACACGUCGAUCAUUAAAUGGAACAAAUUCAACAAUGAUGAUAGCUAAUGAUGAUGAUGAUGAUGAUGAUAAUAAUAUGGAUAGAUCAAUCGAUCAAUCUGCAAAUGAUGCAUUAUUGACCAUUGGCUCAACAACAACAUCACCAAUAAUUACAUCAAAUGGUGAUCUAAAAUUGAAACGAAUCAAACAUCAACAAACAUCAUCAUCAUCAUCAUCAAAAUUACCACAUGAAUCAAAAGAAUCAAAGAACAAUAUUAUAUUAUUUCGAAAGAAAUCACCAUCAAAAAACCAACAAAAACAAUAUAAAAACAACAACAACAAAAACAAUGAUAAUCAAAAACAGUUUGGCAAUAUUUCAGCAAAUGAUUCGAUUGCUGAUACAGCUAAUCAUAAUGAUGUUGAUGUUGAUGUUGAUAAAGACAUCGAUUUAGGCAAUCUAAAUGAACAUGAAAAAGUUUGCCUUGUUGGUAAUAAUGAUAUGAUCGAUACGAAUAUCCAAGAUCAAUGCCAUCAAAUGCCAUUACAUUAUCCAAUUUGUUCGAGUGAAGAACCAUUAUUAUCAACAAUAAAUUCGAAUACAAAUAAUCAUCUGAUGACGACAACAAUAGCUUCAUCUAAUAAUAAUGAUAAUAAUCUACAGAACAAUUCAUCUGAAAUUAUAAUGCAAUCAAAAAAUGUUCAUCAUUCAUUUAAUCCUAACUGUGAUAUUGGCCAUUUACAACAACAAUCAUCAUCACAAAAAGGAGUAGGUGGAUCGGUAAUAACAAACAUCAACACCAACGCCACAAUCGAUAAUAAUCGGACACCAUAUGAUACAUCAUUAUCACGUGGAACGAAAGGCUCAUUUAAUCAUCGAACAUCAAUCAUUACGCCAUCUGGUCCUUAUAUUCAUCAUACGAAUAAUACAGGCAACAUUUCGGCUACACAAUUAUUGGAUCUUUCUUCGACGGCUUCAUCUACAGGACUUAGUUCUUCAUCAACAUCAUCAUUAUCACCGAAUCAAAUAUCGAAUACAAAAUCCAUACCUAUUUCAGCUAUCGGAAUUAUCGGUCAACCACAGUCACAAUUACCGCCUUUACCUCAUCAUCAAAUUCUUUAUUCCCAUUCAUCACCUUCAAAUGGAUCGCCAAAUCAUCAUCAUUUAAAUAGCCCAUAUGAUAUUAAUGGAUCGGAUUCAGUAGCAGCUUUAGCUGCUGCUCAAUACUCACAAUAUCAUCCAUAUAUGAAUACAGCCCAAUAUAUUUCGCCACAUCAUCAUCAACAUUAUGUUGAUCCAAACAAUAUAUCUUGUCUAUAUACCACAACAUCAUCAUCAUCGACAAAUAGUCCAUCCUAUCAUCAACAAAUGUAUGAAACGGGUGAAUCAACAUUAUUUGUAGAUAGCUAUGAAACAGCCCCUUCUGGUCAAUUUAUGACCGAUUUUACUGCACAGCAUCAACCUCAUCAUCAUUUACAACAACAGCAACAUCAUCAUACUCAUCAACAACCUAUUUUAUAUUACAAUCCAAACGAUGAAAUUACUGUCAAUGAAACAAUGGUCAAUAAUAAUUACAGUAACAAUAAUAGCCCAAAUAAUAAAAAAACAUUGUCUACAACAAGCUCAAAACGAUGUAAUGUAACAUUAUUACAGUCGGCAACAUCACCAACAACACCAUCAUCAUCAUUGGCUACAACCGAUUUACCAUCGAUUGAUGCUACUAAUAAUAGUAGUAGUUUAUAUGUUACAACAAUUGAUCAAAAAUUGACAAAAAAUAAUUCCAACACUGUAAUGAAAAAUUUAUCAAAUUGUGAUCCACAACAACAACAACAAUUAUAUCACCCAAGGCAAUCUUCGAAUUCUAGCAGUCGAUAUAGCUCGAAUAAUAAUAAUAUUAAUAAUAACAAUAACAAUUCGGAACAAACACAAUCAUCAUCAUCAUCAUCAUCGCAUGAAAAGAUAUGUCUAAUCAACAAACGUAAUGGUACAGCUGUGUAAAUUAUUCGUAAAAUUGAUAUAUUAAAUGAUGAUGGCCAUCCUUAAUUGAAUUUCUUUUCAAUGGAUUGGAAUUUCAUUGGAAUCCAAGCGAAAAAAAAACUAAAAU